CAAGCCGCGGUCCUUUUUACAGUGCCUGGACACAUGGAUCCAUCCUCCUCCGCGCACCGGCGGGGGCGGUCGUCGUCGGCUCCGCCAAGCGCCUCCUCGACUGGGCAAUGUGAGAGGCGGAGCAGCCAGCGGGCGGGACAGCCCCCACGGACCACGCCGAGCCAAGCACCGCAGCCGACAUGUACAUCGACUCCGGCAGAGACCAUGCGGGCGGGGAUCCGGGUGCCAAAAGGAGGCGCGGCGGCGGCAGCGGCGAUGAUGCGCACGUCGUGGUCCAGAGGCCGGAGAAGCGCCGGAUCCUCGCGUGGAGGGUGCGCCAGUACCGGUCCCUGGUGGCCGAGGCCACGGCGGCGGCAAGGAGGGCAAGAAUCCGGGCGGUGAGGAAGAGGACGGUCGCUUGGAAGAGCGUCCAACGGCAACUCACGCGCGCCGCCCUGAGCUGCGACGGCCUGCACAAAUGGAGCCCCGGCGGCGGAGGAGGAGCUGCUUAGCAAUAUUAAAGAUCCGCUGGUAAUUAAAUCAGCUCAAUCCUCAUGCUAAUUAGGGAAUAGGAUUAGCACCCUAGCAUUUUGUUUUCCUACUCGAUUAGACAGUGCUCCUUGAUCUGAAUGACAGGGCAGCUCAGCCCAAUUAGGUUGGCUUUUGUGAUGUUAUCCAAUUGCGUGUAGAAAUCCCAUCUUUAUGCAAACUUACUACUGAUACUCUGAAA